AUGGCGGCGCCCGUCCUGCUGCGGGUGUCGGUGCCGCGCUGGGAGCGGGUGGCGCGGUCCGCCGUGUGCGCCGCCGGCAUCCUGCUGUCCCUGUACGCCUGCCACCUGGAGCGCGAGAAAGGCCGCGACAGCCACUACCAGGCCCUGUGCGACCUCAGCGAGAGGGUGCGCUGCUCCGCCGCCAUCGCCUCCAGAUGGGGUCGUGGAUUCGGUCUCUUGGGUUCCAUCUUUGGAAAGGACAGUGCAAUAAAUCAGUCAAACAGUGUUUUUGGCCUGGUGUUUUAUAUACUACAAAUGCUACUUGGUAUGACAGCAAGUGCAGUAGCAGCUCUAAUCCUCAUGACCUCCUCCAUAGUGUCUGUAGUAGGGUCCCUGUACCUGGCAUACAUUCUGUACUUCGUGCUGAAGGAAUUUUGCAUUGUCUGCGUGCUCACAUAUUUGCUGAACUUCAUUCUCUUUAUCAUCAACUACAAACGACUAGUUUAUUUGAACGAGGCCUGGAAGAGGCAACUCCAACCCAAACAGGAAUAACCCCUGGUGGAACUUUUCACUGACAGUCUGAAGA